CGAAAACUUGAGCAGGUUGCAGGAAAAAAAGAUGACUAAGCUUCGUUCACCAAAUUUCCAUGUUUCAAGGACAAGACUUGUUAUAUACAAUUUGCCUAAGACAAUGAAUGAAAAGCAAUUGAAAAAGCUUUUUAUUGAGGCAGUUACAUCUAGAGCUACAAAGCAAAAACCUGUGAUACGACAGAUAAAGUUCAUGAAAAAUAUAAAAAAGGGAAAGGUUAUCAACCACUCCCGUGGGGUUGCUUUUCUGGAGUUUACAGAACAUCAGCAUGCACUUGUGGCCCUGAGGGUUCUUAAUAACAAUCCAAAAACUUUUGGUCCUGAACAUCGUCCAAUUGUGGAGUUUGCUGUUGAUAAUGUUCAAACAUUGAAGCUACGGAAAGCAAAGUUGCAGGGUCAGCAUAAGGAUGCUCAUCAUGAUUUGAAUAAUGCACAGCCAAAUGCUGAACCACAAGGAAAUGAUGCUCCUCCAAACAAAAAGAAGUCCAGUAAACGAAAAUCCAGGGACGAAAAUGAUCCAAUGGAAAAUACAGAAUCUGUUAGAAUUAAUGACAUAGAGAACACAGUUGUUGGGGAAGAACGUAGAACUGCUAAGAAGCAGAAGCAUAAUCCAGCAAGUGAAAAGAUAAAGGAAGUUUCUUCAAAGGAGAGAUCAGAAGGCUCCAAAAGGAAGCUAAAAGGCUCAAAUCCUAAAGCAAAGGAUCACAAAGAUGGUUUAGUUCAAGAUCAUGGAGUUAAAGAGAAGACGAUAGCAAACAAACCCCAGAAAUCACACGUUGCCAAGAAAAUGGAGGCAGUUUCAAAGCCAAAAGAGAGGAUGCGCGAAGAACAGACAGAAGGACAAAAGGGGGGCAAUAGUUUGAAGAAAAGAGAGAGGCCAAAGAAGAAGAAAGAGAUAGAGGUGGUAGACAAGCUUGAUAUGCUAAUUGAGCAAUACAGAAACAAGUUCUCUCAGCAAAAACCUGGUGAAAAUCAAGGUUCUAAAAAGCUUAGAAGAUGGUAUGACUGAAUCAUAAUUUCCCUUUAGUGGUUUUUUUAGUAACAUCAUCUUCUUUGCAAUACUGUUUGAAGAGGCAACUGAUCUUUAUUGCAAUUGCAGUUUUCUUUAAAAUGAAAUUUUGGUAGGAUUAUGGAUUAGUUUAAGAUGAAUGUAGCUUUGUAGUGUUGUUGUUUAUUUUAAUUUGAACUAAACGGCAGCUUGUAUU